CCAUUUCACAAUUUCAGUUCACAAUCUGUAAAUUCUGCUCUUCAUCGGCCUCUUCUCGCCGUAGCUCCUCCGGCCGCAGCAAGCAGCUCCUGGAGCCUCCAAGCGGAAGAUCGUCUCCUUCAAUGGCCUCCGCAAUCCGCAUCAUCGAUCUCGCCACCACCCGUUCCUGGGCCGCCGUGUUGUCCCGUUUCCAUGUCGCUCUGUCGCACGCCACAUGACCACCGUUGCCAAUCGCAAAGCAUUAAGACAGGCGCAAUGCCCAAUUCUUUGUGUCCCGAAUCUCAAAUCUUGGUCCCGCCGGGGAACUCAUUGCUGCAGAUGGGUGCACAUUCGGCGAUCCUCUCUGCCUCCAUUUCCGACUCCAAACCUCAACCUCUUCUCCACCGGAGUAUCACAACCCGUAAAUGUAUUGCCCCAGGUUUCAUGUUCCAGUUCAAGCAGUCUAGAACUGCAUCUUCUAUUGCAUCCAUCUGACUUCAGUCCCGUGGGAGGCUUGAUAUGAUGAAGGCCUUGAAGCUCUUGCAGUUGCAGGAAAUCUUGAAGAAAAAUGAAUUGUUUAUGAAUGAAAGGAGCACCAUAUGUGGCUUCAAUUUUGGGGGUAAUUUUGAGAAGCCCCUAUCCGCCGCACACCAUUGCAAGCAGUUUCUCUUUCCAUUUGUCAAUUGAAAACUGACCGUAGCCAGCGAGUGAG